AGUCUCCCCUCCACCUGCAUCAGCAUCCUUUCCUCCUCUUCCUCCUCUUCCUCCUUCCUCCUGCUGCUUCAUUGCUUCACUCCUUCGUCCACACUGGGACCACACAACCACACCUCACCUCCUGGCCGUCGACUGCGUGGCAUAUAUGAAAAAAAAUGCCCAGUGUCACUGUGAAAGAUGUCAACCAGCAGGAGUUUGUCAAGGCUCUGUCAGCUUUCCUCAAAAAGUCUGGCAAACUUAAAGUCCCCGAGUGGGUUGACACGGUGAAGCUGGCCAGACACAAGGAGCUGGCUCCCUGCGAUGACAACUGGUUCUACACCAGAGCAGCGUCCACGGCCCGUCACCUGUACCUGCGAGGAGGGGUGGGCGUGGGCGCCAUGAUCAAGAUCUACGGGGGCCGUCAGAGGAACGGCGUGUGCCCCGCCCACUUCAGCGUGGGCUCCAGGAACGUGGCGAGGAAGGUCCUCCAAGCUCUCGAGGGCCUCAAGAUGGUGGAGAAGGACCCCAAUGGCGGUCGGAGACUUACCCCUCAGGGGCAGAGAGACCUGGAUAGGAUUGCUGGUCAGGUUGCCUCGGCGAGUAAGAAACAGCGGAGUUUGCAAAGCGCCAUCUGAGGGAAGCAAUGCAAAGAAUCCAGAAAUGCAGCGAUGCCUUACUGCUUGUUUACUCGAGUUCGCUUGCCUCCCGUGUCGACCCAGUGCCCGCAGUAACAAGAGCACAAAGGGCACGUCGUAGAGAUGCAUGUGUCUAUAGUGCAGUAAGUUUAAAUUACAUAGUAUACCCGAAUGUUUGCUGCCUUUGUUUGAAUGUCGAGAGAGAGCAAUGGCAGCAAAACGCAGAAUGCACACAACUACCACUCAGAGUAAGAGCAUGUUAAUAUUGUUGCCCACAGAUGUGAAGCUGCGAAGAACUGCAGAAAAACAGAAGCAAUGCAAUAGAUACUAAUACAUAUUUUUAUUGCAUUCAAUUUUUUUGCAGAAUAAUAGCAUUUUAUCAGUGACAUGCGUACGUAUUAUAUAAUAAUACACACAGUGUUCAUAAUAAACUGAGAAUGAGCACUGA